GCAUGAGCGGCUUUGCCGAGAGUUGCUGGACGAGGGCCUCUCGGCUCCCAUGGCCUUUAAAGGCUUCGAGAUCUUCGGGAAGAUGAACAUGGUGGUGGCCACCUUCGAUGCUCCUCAAUCCAUGCUGGACUUACGAGACAAGGUCCUCAAAGCUUGUCUCAAGGAUCCAUCCUUCCCCCCUGCCUUUGUCAAGCUGCUCAAGGAGCAGGUCGAGUGGAUCCCGCACAUCACGCUCGGGAAGAUCCGCGCCACCCGGGCGCAGCUAUCCUCCGUCAGCUGUAGAAGGCUCCGUGCGUCGCUCAAAGCGGCGCAACCGAAGGGCCUGACGAUGCUGGGAGAGCGUCCGAAGAGAGCACGGCUGGAUUGGGACGCUGCCCUGGAAUUCUUGCCGCCGGAGGCGGCAGACUCCGAAUCGACACCAUGA